AUAGAGCGGCAGAAGAAGACUCAGAUCUCUCACACUCUAGUAGAGGGAUAGCUCGAUCCCAAUCAGAUUUCGUUCUUCCUCACAGUCGGUGCAGAGAUAUCCCAACCCCACCACCCAGCUCGGCACAGAAACAUUUCUGGUUUCGCACAGUGCGGUACAGAGACUCUCUCGGACUCAAUUUAUUUUUUGUAUCUCACCCAAUAACCUGUUUGAGUUCGUACCCAAACUCCUUGGGCUCCGUCGUUCAGAACCAGUGGCUGAUCGAAAGGAUUCUCUGUUUGAAAGGUGGGAGAAGGGGAGGCAGAUUGGCUGAAAAUGCGACCGGGAGUGUUGCAUUGUAAAUGCACAAAAUGUUUCUCACUGCUCACGAAACACAAAAUUAAGAAACGUUCACCUGUCUUGACGCUACUCAAUCUUCCUGAUGAUGUUCUGCUUUAUGUAUUGGAAUGCCUUCCUGCUCAAGAUAUUCUGCAUUUCAGAGCGGUGCACUCUCAUUUCCGAGCCCUUGUAGAUAGUCACUCUAGUGUUUGGGCCCAUGCCAACUUUCAGGAGAUCUGGCCAUCUCCAUUAAAUCGGUGGCUAUUUGAAAGGGCUGCAGAAAGUGGAAAUUUUGAGGCUGCUGUAAAACUAGGAAUAGCCUACCUCUAUAACGAAGGACUUUCUGUUUCGGAUGAAGGUCGUGCAGAAGUGAAUGGACUGAAGGCGUCCCACUUCUUUAGUCUGGCUGAAAGUCUGAAUGUUGAUGCUAACCCCUUUAUUUGGUUGUUCAUCAGACCACCCUGGUCUCUGACUGGGAGUUGCUGUAAGGCAGUUGUCUAUGAUAGUUUAAAGAGCAAAUGCCAGUUGCAAUCGGCAAAGAAGGCAUCACUAACUUACUGUUUGGCCAAAGUUCUCAGUCUCUUUGAGGAUGAAGAGAAACAGAAACAGGCUGUAAUAAUGUUUGAAGAGUCUUCCAAUUAUGGAUGCUUAUCAAGUUCUUACCACUUAUGGGAGACAAGCCGAAAAGAAACAGUGGCUGAUCCUGGUAGGCAUCUUCAGAACCUUAGGAAACUCAGGGAUUUCGCAACUAAAGGAUGCUGGGAAGCACAGAUAUCAUUAGCAAAAGCCUGCGGAAGUGCCAAUCUGUUGGGUAUGACAUCUGUAGCUACGAAAGAGUUUGUUGUUCAAGUUUUUCAGUCUUCCCAGCCUUCUUACAAACAGAAAAUGUUCAAAGUACAAAAGGGCAUGAAUGACACAAUGAGAUAUAUUCUAAUUGAUUGGUUAGUAGAGGUGACCAGCAUGAAGGAUUUUUCCAGCUUGUGCCUGCAUGUCACAGUGGCAAAUGUGGAUCGGUAUCUGAUGCUGCGCUGUGUACCCAGGGGCCAACUACAGCUAUUGGGGAUUGCUUGUAUGGUUAUUUGCACAAGGUUUAUUAGUAAAGAGAUCCUGACAAUUCGUGAAGCUGUUUGGCUUACAGAUAACACAUACAAAUAUGAGGAUCUAGUACGAAUGAUGGGAGAGAUAAUUUCUGCACUUCGAGGAAAAAUUAAAAUACCCACCAUUUUAGACUACGCAGAAGUACUACUGGCAGUAGCUCCACCAGAAAGACGUACCAAGCACCUUUUUAACUACAUCUGUGAACUUUCGUUACUGUAUAUAGACCUCUCUGUUUAUUCCCCUGCAAUGACAGCAGCAGCUGCCUUACUAUUAGCACGAAUACUUCACAAACAAGUCCUCCCAUGGUCAAGCCAGCUGACUGAGUCCACUGGUUUUACAUUGGAAAAUCUAAUUCCAUGUGUAGUGGAUCUACAUAAGAAAUGUUUCCAUAAUGAAGCACCCAGGGAUUAUAGACAUGUGUCUCUCACAGCUGUAAAGCAACGAUUUGAAGAGGAGCGUUAUCAGCAAAUUAGCAAGGAAAAGGUGAUGGAUUACAGUGAACUAUGUACUCUACUAGGAAUUAAAGAGGAAAAGGAAUCUUCACCACUACUUUCUGCUAACAAUAAUUCUGAGAUUCAAACUUUUUUGACAUCUCCUUCAGGCAACAAAACAAAACGACGAAGAGAGGAUAGUUUUCGAGAAGAUAGAGGCAACUUUGUGGCAACUCCAAUUGUUGAAUUAUCUAACCAUGAGGAUACACUUCUGGGAGAAUUCUUAGAUUGGAGUUUAGACUUGUCCUGCGCUGGGUAUGAAGGAGACGAGGAAAGUGAGGGUGAGAAAAGUGCUGAUGUCAGUGGUAUCAAUGAAGUUGAGAAUGUAGCUGCUGUCAUUGGGAGGUAUGAACACUGUUGUGAAGCUACAAGUGAAGACAGUGAAGAUGACCAAUUAAUGAAUGGUCAGUUCUUGCCAGCGUCAUGGAGACCUACAGCAAAAAAUGAAGCUUAUUUUAACACCAGUGAAUCUGCAGAAUUUUGUGUCUUAAGAGUGCCUCAGGGGGAGCUCAGCUCAGGAUACUCAUCUGUUAACAGUGAUAGCCCCACACUAACAAAUACUAGACAAUCAUUACCUUCUACCUCAAGGCUAUCUCCCACAAUAGAGUUCAUAAAGCCAGUGCCUUCAUCUUGUAGUACAGAAAACUUACUUCUGAUGCAUAAAGUUGAGCCUUUUGGGUCGGAGCACAGGUCUCUCAGGAGACCUGUCAAACGCAAGAAUAGAGCCGAACAUGACAAAGAUGACUGGAAUUCAGGUUUUGUGAGUGUUUGAAAGAAAAAUAUCUUCAAGUUUAUGAACAAUUGCUGUUAAAUUAGAACGCAUUUGAUUUGGUUAAUAAAGCAAUAUCUAAUCUGUACCACAUUGUAGGACAAAAUAGUUUGGACAGUGAUCUAGUUUCCAGAUGUCUUGGGCUUUAAUUUUCAGUGGACAUAUAAAUUAGCUGCUUUCCUUGACACCUUGAAAACAGCUAAAAUCUGCACUGACCAAAGCCCAUGUUGAUAUCUGUCCGCUAAUACUGCCUUUUUUCCCCCCAAGGCACUGAAAUUCUAUCAUAGCACUUUUGGUUUAAAAACCACUGCCUUUAACAGAAAUUGAUGAGGCUUUUUGUUACCACUUGGAGUUUCAACACUAAGGUAAAAAAAUUAUUGUCUUGAAUAUUAGACCGUGUUUACAGAUUGACAAAGCCACUUGACCUUUUAUGAUUACACUUCUAACUGGAAUGAAUUAAAUACUCCACAAUAUUGUAUCCAGCAAUAGAUGCAGAGGAAACAGAUCUCUAUUCAUUGUGUCCAAUUUCAUUUUGAAAUGCUUAGUUUUUUUUUGUUAGUAUGAUUUUUUAUUUGGACUGGGAGAAUCUCAGCACCUGGUUAACAAACUGCUCAGUCACAGACUGGAAAUUUUACUUCACUAAAUGAUUCCUGCAUGAUUAAAUGGAAACCUCCUGUGCAUUUUUAUAUGCUAAAGCUAUUGAUUUGGCAGUUAAGUAACAAAAGAAUUAAUCACUGCUAAAAUUAAUAUAUAGGCAAGCUAUAAAAAUGAACUAUGGUGGAACUAGGUAAUUUGCAGGAAAAUCUUUCAGGGAAUAUUUGGAAAAAAUAGGGAUCUUGUAAUUUUCAACUUAAUUUUAAGUCUUGAUGGGCAUUAGGCCCGAAAACUAGCAGGUACAUAAACUAAAAGUAUUUUAAAACUUGUGAUUAUGUUGACUUGAGUGCUUUUUUAUUGAAAUGAAUUUCAUUUUGGUUUACAUUUUAAUUGUAAAUGGAAUUCAGUUAUAUUUUUUGUAAAAAGAAAUGACUGCUUUGUGAUCCAAAUAUUUUAAAAUGACUGGAUGUGAAAAAUAUGUAUGGGCGCUCAGAGUUUCAAAUCUACAAUUUUGAGAUUUUGUUCAUUAAAACUGAUUGCAGUGUCGUGAAUGUUAAAUGUAUUCUGUUUCCUACCAUCCAGAUAUGUAUUAUUGACAACUAUGCAUCACUUCAGAUUUAAUGUUUCCUAUUUGUCUCAACUCUUGAGACUAUUGCAUCUUAAGAAUAUCGGCAUGCAUGCCAGUUAUGAACUAUGUUCUCAGACCCAAAAAAUCUGCUUUGAUCCUUUAAGAGCUAUACAUUUGGAAGCGUUCUGAUGUUCAGGAAACUAAUUGAAAAUGACAAGUAUUACUUAAAUUCUAUGAACAUUUGUACAAUCAUAAUUGCCUUACUCUGUUUCUUCAUGAGUAUCUCUGUGAAUAUUUAAAUGUUUGCAGCAUGUAACUUUGGAAACUACAUCUAUAUUUAAUUGUCAAUUA